UCUCUGCAGAUCUUUUGUCUCGCUACCCCGUCGAAUCAGGUGCUGGUUAUGAAGCGCAACCCAUGUGUAGUAUAAAAGCGCCCAUAUUUCCAUCAAGUUCUUCUCCAUCACACUUCACACAAAAUGGCUUCCAACCCUCCUGGCCCUUGUUGCGCACAAGCUAACUUCCACGAAGGUACCCCAGUCGGUACUUUCAAGACCUUAUUCGGAGUCGACACCUACCAAACUGGUGAAGCCAACGGAAACGACAGAAUCAUAGUCAUCCUCACCGACAUCUUUGGCCACAAGUUCAACAACAACCAAUUGGUGGCCGACCAAUUGGCCAAGAACAACUACCAUGUCUUGAUGCCUGAUAUCUUCAACGGAGACCCAUUCAUUGAGGGUGGCGACUUUGCCGCCAAGCUCAAGGCAUGGCUCCCUCAACACACCCCAGAAAUCACCAGACCAAUUGCUGACAAGUUCUUGGCUGAUGUCAAGAAGGAAUACUCUCCAAAGUUCUUUGGUUCCAUUGGUCACUGUUACGGUGCCAAGUACACCAUCGUCAACUUGGGUGCCGACGGUAUUCUUGACGCUGGUGCCAUUGCCCACCCAAGUUACGUGACUGUCGACGAUGUUGAAGCCAUUGCCAAGCCACUUAUCAUCUCCUCCUCUGAAAACGACUACAUCUACCCAACCGACUUGAGACACAAGACCGAAGAGAUCUUGACCAAGAACGGUGUCAGAUACGAAUCCACCGUGUAUUCCGGUGUCGAACACGGUUACGCUGUCAGAGGAGAUAUGACCAAGCAGGCUGUGCGUUACGCCAAGGAGAAGACCUUGGCCGACCAAGUCUGCUUCUUCAGCCAAUUCUAGAGUAGAUAAUCAAUAAUGAACGUUUAGAUCCAUCCUACUAGGCCACAUUGACGUGCUGUCGUAAAACUGCGUAUGAAUGCUUCAUU